AGCUACUCCGAGUUAGUUGUCCUUUAACCUCCGAAGCGAGCAGAAUGACGAGUUUUCUGUUGCGCUUUCUCUGGCCUUUGGCCUUGCUGCAGUGCAUCCUGGCCCGAGUGCCCCAGAAUUCGCGUUUCUAUGGCCAGGAUAGUGCCAUUAUAAUAGACACCGACAUGAAGAUGCCCCCCAAAAUGGGCUCCAAGCUGCAGAAUGCCUUGUACUACAACCUGCCUGUCUAUCGGAUGAUAAAGCAAACUACGACUACGUCCACUGCUGCUCCGGCUACCAAUUUCCAGUAUCCCAAGGAUCUGGUUGAUUUGGCUCGCAAUAGGCUGGGUCUGAAGGUUCUGCCCAGUCUGGAGGAGCUGGCGGAGCUAAUCGGGACGAAUACUCGCGAGGAGACCAUCGAUUACAUACGCAACCUGACCGCAAAUGAGGCGGGAAUCGCUCUGAUGAAGGAGUACCUGGCCACGUUGAACUUUGAGGACCAGGAAGUGGCAGAAGACAAGGAUGCCGUGGACGAUGGGGAUAACGCUGACGACGAUGACAACGCCAUGGACAACGACGGCUACGAGGAGGCGCCCAAAGAACCCCCGACGACUACGAGUGUCACCACCAGCCCGGACCCUCAGAACAGCCUCUAUCAGCGCUUCAGCGGAUUCAUGAAACAGUACAACCUGUGGUCCAGUGAGACAACCACUUCGGCUCCUGCCCCAGCGAUACCGCCUCCGCCUGCCGUGGUCUUCAAGCCAGUUUUUGUGGCCCCCUCCGUGAACCGCUUGCGACCCCUUCUGGUCCGGCAGCCCCUUCCCUAUCACUACCCCAUUCCUCUGCGACCCGUAAUGAUGCCCACCGUGAAGCCAACGGAAGUGCCCAGCACCACGGUGGCCCCCAAGCCGCAUCUGAACACCCCCAAGAAGAUCGAAGAGGUCCAGGAAGUCGAGCCCGAAGUCACAUCGCCUCCCGUGGCUCCCCACAUCCGCCAGCUGGCCGAGAUGGCCAAUAUCUCGCCCCAGACGCUCGAUCGGUUCCUGCAACAACAGCCCAAGCUGGCGCAACUGGCCAAACGGGUGAGCACUCUGGCCCUCAGCCAGGAGCAGACCAGAGCCAUGGAUACCCAGGUGUUCAUGGCCAUCCAGAAGGCUCUGUCCCAGAACGAGGAGCUCAAGCGUCUGAUCGAGGCGGCUCAAACAUUAAAAUAGAUUAAUCCCUGAACUAGCUUUAAUAUUUUUUCUAAGAAAAUAAUAAAUCCUCUUUAUAAAAUACUGUA